GAUGAUUAAUGAGGAAAGUAAUUCAUUUUGCACUUAUAUGGGUGCCUUGGAGCUGAUUGGGCGAGACCUUGGUCAAUUUCCUUCAGUCAGCGAAACUCUUUCUCCACAUUGGAAAUGGAUUCUCACGUGUUAGAAACAUCAAGUAUAAAAGACACCAGUUCUUUUUUUGUAGUCUAUAACUAAUCAUGUCCCUUAGACAAGUCUACAUCGUCGCUGCCAAGCGCACACCCUUCGGUACCUUUGGAGGAAAACUUAGAAGUCUUUCCGCUGCUGAGCUUGGUGGUUUGGCUUCAAAGGCUGUUUUGUCCAGUCUGCCUGCUAAUACCCCUAUUUCAUCCACCAUCAUGGGUAACGUUUUGCAGACUGAUACUGCAGGCGCUUACCUUGCCCGCCAUAUUGGACAUCGCGCCGGUCUUCCUUUCGAAGUUCCUGCUUUGACCGUCAACCGUCUUUGCGGAUCAGGUUUUCAAUCUGUCAUCAAUGGUGUUCACGAGAUCUUGCUAGGCGAAUCCGAAAUCGUUUUGGCAGGUGGUGCUGAAAAUAUGUCCAAGGCCCCUUAUGUCGUUGAUGGUGACAAGACUCGAUGGGGUACUCGCUAUGGUGUUGAUCUCAAGAUGGAGGACUCCCUUUCUGCUGUUCUAGUCGAUCAGUACCCCUCCCCCACCCCUAUGGGUAUCACUUCGGAGAACUUGGCUAGCAAGUACAACAUCACUCGUGAACAAUGCGACGAAUUCGCUCUUCUAAGUCAGCAACGCUAUGCUAAAGCCGCCAGCCAAGGCAUCUUCGAGAGAGAAAUCAUUCCUGUUGAAGUUAAGGGAAAGAAGGGACCGGAAACUGUGUCGGUUGAUGAACACCCUCGUCCACAAAGCACAGCUGAAUCACUGGCCAAACUUAAGCCCGUGUUCAAGCGCGAUGGCGGAGUCACCACUGCGGGCAAUGCUUCAGGCAUCAACGAUGGUGCUGCUGCUAUUAUUGUUGCCUCUGAAGAAGCCGUCAACAAGUACGGAUUGACUCCUCUUGCCCGUAUUGUUAGCUGGCAAUCAUCUGGUGUUGAUCCUAGCAUCAUGGGUAUCGGACCGGUUCCUGCUAUCCAAGGUGCCUUGAAGCGUGCCAACUUAGGAUUGGAUCAGAUGGAUCUCAUUGAAGUCAACGAAGCUUUUGCUGCACAAUACCUUGCUGUUGAAAAGGAAUUAGGUCUCGAUCGAUCCAAGACCAACCGUAACGGUGGUGCCAUCGCCAUUGGUCAUCCUCUUGGUGCCUCUGGUGCUCGUAUUCUCACCCAUUUGACACACGAACUUCACCGAACCAACAGUAAGCUUGCUGUUGGUUCCGCUUGUAUUGGAGGAGGACAGGGUAUCGCUGUUGUACUAGAGCGUGUUUAAAAAGAAAAGCAAUGUGAUAUAACCCCCAACCAUGUAUGUUAUGAAAUAAUAAAAAUGGAGCUGUGCACUGAACGUUUCUGUG